AUGUUAUCCAAUAACAACAAUAGUUUAAAUAAUAAUGUUAAUAGCAAUAAUAAAAAAAGAGAUUUAUUAACACCCUUUCUUUCUCCAGAAACAUUGUUGUUUGGUGGAUUCGAUAAAAACGAUGAAUUAGAGGACAUUGAUAUUUUGGGUGAAAAUCAAAUGUCCUUUUGUAUUGAUCCCAAUUUUGGUAAUGAACCAUCUUUGCUAUUUUCAUCACCAAGCAUCGUUCCAUUUUCAAUUGAAAAUGACAGUUCAAAUAUUAAUGAAAUAAUAGAUGAAGGAUAUAAUAUUAAUACCAACAAUAAUAGUAAUAUUAAUAAAGAAGAUAACAACAACAAUAAUAAUAUUUUGGAAAAAAUGGAAUUUAAAAAUAGUAGUCCAGUUGGUAUUUAUGAUAGCAGUAAUAUUUUUCAAUUACCACAGCCCCAACAACAAGAUAAUUCAAAUAGUGACUCAGUAUUUGAAAAUGGCACCAAUAAUGUUGCCCAACAACCACCUCCAUUAACCGAACCAUUACCUUUAUCACAGGCAUUACCUUCCUUCCAGCCACUACCAUUACCAGAACCACCAACUGCAACAAUGACAGCUAAGCAAGUUAAUAAUUUAAUUGAAGAGAAUCAACUUUUGACCAAUCAAAACGAUAUCAUAUAUCCAUUUCAGGAUGAUCAGCAGGAUAUCGAAGAUGAUUUACACCAACAACCACCCCCACACAAAGAUAGAAAACCAAGAAGACCACCAGAAUAUCCAAUUCAUCAAGUUAAUCUAUUAUUAGAUGAAGUUAAUGGGGAUUUAAUUUGUAAAGAAUGUAAUUAUAAAGCAAAAACUAGAAAAUCAGUUCAAUCUCAUAUUAGAAAAGUGCAUACUGUUAAACUUGACAAAAUUAGAGAGGAUUGUAAAGAAAUUUUCAAAGCUAAAAAAGAUGACUAUAAUAAAGAUUCAAUUGUUUGCGAUCAUUACGGAUGUGGUGCAAUCAUUGUAAAAUAUAAUAAAAGCAAACACUACCGUCAACCCCACCACAUUGGCCACCCUAAAGAAAUUGGGGAGUGUUAUCGUUGUAAAGAAGUCAAACAAAGAACAAUAAUGAGAAAUCUAAAAAAGGAAAUGAAUAAAAAUAAAAGGUAA